GACACAUGUGCGUGACAUCGAUUAGCGUUUAACCGGCCCCUUCAGUACAAGGCACAACACGCCAUCGAUCGCUACUCUUGUUGUCGUAUUGCUGAUACAUUUCAAUGGCGGAAGGAAGACGCGAUAAGCGAACAUCUCAAACUCUUCGAAAGGUUUCCAUCAGGCGUACUGCUAUCUCAGCGUUCUCUCCUCACUUUGAAUAUGACGCCGUCCGCGCAGAAGCCCGCCACUGGAUUGGAUUUGAGCCUGAUGACUCGCGUCCAAAUCUUCACUCCACAUAUUCCAAUACUAUCAGGUUUUUCUUUAUCAUCUUAUCGACAACUGUGUCUCCAGGUUGCUCUCUUCACCUCAGGUUUCCUGAAUAAAUUUGUGAACUUCCGGCUGUAAGGAUGUGAAAUGCGGCUGAUGCCAUGGAGUCCGGUUUGAACGAGAAGACGGCAAGCAGACAUAACAGCAUAAAGGACAGCAAAAGCUCGAGUUUUAAGCACAAGGACAGCUUCAAGAGCCACGAGGGUAAGGAGAACCACGACAGCAAAUCGGAACGCGAUUCUCGCGGAAGUGCUGGCGAGCAGGAAGUGUCUCCUCGCAUCCCCCGCAAGUUCAUCGCGAACUGGCGCCAGGCUUGCGACCGUACCAAGGAUCGAACCAAGGAACUGCUCAAACGAUGGCGCACCCUUCCCGAGUCAGAAAUAGCUAAUGCAGCAGCCGUGGCGAGAGCGCAGCACGAGAAGGAUCACGGGUGGAGCGUCCAUGUCUGGGGUGAGUUCUCAGCAACAUGGGUGAGUCGAGUCCCAAGUGAAGAGGAAUCCCAGGACUCGUCUUCUUGCAGCUGUUUGUCUCAGCUACAGAAGGAAAAGUUCAGCCACUUCUUCACCCACCUCCUCGACUGGGACAAAGACAGCCUUAUUUCAGCACAAGACUUCGACGCGCUCAGUGAGCGCUUACGCCAUUUUGCUGAUUGGUCAACCAACUCAGCUGAAUUCCAUGUUUUGCGUGAAGUACAGCAUGGUUUUGUAGAAACAUUCAUUGACACAACUGUAGAAGAGCCACAUCUUCCAAGAACUGCGAGCAUGGAACACUGGCUGGCACAAUGGAGUAAGAUGAUGAACUCAGCACGGAACUUGCAGGACUUCCCCCUCUGGCUACAGUACUUCUCCAAGAUCAUCUUCCUUGUGAUCAACAAAAGUGGUUCAGGAGUGAUCACAAGAGAUGAGCUCCGAGUAUUUUAUUCAUCCUUUCUGGGCUUCAGCACACAGAAGGUUGGUGAGGUUUUAGAUCUGGCUUACAGCAACAUGACUUCAAAUGGUGAUCAUCAUCUUCGCUACAACAUUUAUCAUCUAUGUUUUGCAAAUUUUCUCCUUGGCCGACAUCCACAUGGACCAGGAGAAUUCCUCUUUGGACCUUUUGAGGGAAGUAUACAUUAUUCAGCAAUGUUCCCAAUAGACUACAGUGCACUCAACACUCCACCAGAGACAUUAGAACCUUACAGCCCAAAUAAGACAACCAACAGACGCUCGGUUGUGGUUUGAUAUCAUAGUUACAACAUUAAGAUUGUAAAGUGACCAUGGUAAGUUAUGUUUUACACCUAGAACUUGCAGUGCUUGUGGAAUAUUUUAAAACUCUCCUCAGGGCAUUUCUGUAACACUACAAAUGAAACUAUGAAUAUUACCGUUGAAUUAAAAUGAUUAAACUAUACACAAAUGAA